UGGGCCCUUCCAAAUGUGGUAUGGCUUAAUACGGCGCUUGUGACAACUAACAUUCUACGUCGCCUUUAGCAGAGUUGGUCGUCUCUUUUAUGUAUGGUAUCGCCUCUUGAUGCUCAAAUUUAUCUUCGGAUUCGGAUGUGUUAUAUAUAUAUAUAUGUUUGAGCUUCCUUUUUCAAACUGAAUUUGGGGAUUUUUUGGAAAAUUUGUAAUUUUGUUAGCUUUAGGGCUUAGGGUUGAAACGCCCUUGGUUUCAACUGUGCUUUAAUGGCUUUAUGGUUUGAUUGUCAAUAUACAUUGGAAAUUAUUCUUGUAGCUUUGACGGACAAAUUCCGCUACUGGUUUUCUCAUGGAUGAGAAAGAUUUGGAAAUUGAGGAAACAAGUCCAGGAGAUGAAGCUGUACGAAAAGUUAAAAAGAAGAAGAAGAAGGUGAAUGCGGAAAAGCGUGGAGUUUGUCACCUGCUUCUGCAAACGGGCAGGUGGAUUCCGAGGGCAAGCAUUUUCAGAAGGGUGGGUUGAGUUUACGAAAAAGAGUGUUGCCAAAAGAGUCGCAAAUAUGUUGAAUGGUCAACAGAUGGGUGGAAGGAAAAGGUAUUAUGACAUUUGGAAUGUCAAGUACUUGUCUAAAAUCAAAUGGGAUGAUGUUACUGAUGAAAUCGCACAAAGGCAUGCAGUUCGUGAGCAGAAACUAGCUUUGGAGCUUUCUGCUGCUAAGAGGGAGCGUGAUUUCUACCUCACACAAGUUGAUAAAUCUCGUGCUUUAAGUUCUAUUGAAGAACGAAUGAAGAAGAAGCAAAAGGUGCAACAAGAAUCUGGGGUAAUUUCUGAUUUCCCAAGUGAUCAGUUUGCACCAAAGGUGAUACGACAAUUUCCCCAGAAAAAACCUGUGGCAGAUCAAACUGGGAAAAUCAAGCCUAGUUUGUCAAAGGACAUUUUGGCCGGAGUAUUUGGUGGUCAAAUGACAAGGGCAUACGGGUGCAAACGUUUCAGAAAUUUUGCUUGCCAAUUUUCUCAACCAUACAUUUGAUUUGUUGCCUUCAAAAAGUUUAUCUCGAUGAUUAUUAGAUGUUGGUAUUAUAAGUAAACGUCAAUCAAAAUUUUAUGUUUAUUUGUAGUUGAUUGUAGAUGUGUAUGUGUUUGUAGCCUUGUCUAACUUGUGCAGUCUGUGAGACGUAUUGAGCUCACACCUCGAACCAAACUAUGAUCAGAUGCUCAAAA